AUGACGAUUACUCGGGACAUGGCCCCCGCGGGGGAGCUGUGCACCCCGGACCGCACCAUAGCGUUCCCGUCUACCAUCCAGCAUUGGCAGCUGCGGGACCUGCUGCACUGCCCCGAGCGUGAGCAUGAGCUGUACUGCACCAACAGGCACUACACGCUCAAGGGUCCCGCCCGCCCGUCCAAGCACCAGCGCCCGAGGUCCUUCUCCGUCAACGGCACCUCCAAGCUGUCUGAGAGGGAGACCGCGGGCAGCACCAAGGACGCCAGCCCCUUCACCGUGGGCCGCCUCUUCACGCUCACCACCUGGCUGCUGGAGCAGGAGAAGCGGGAGGUGAUCGACUCGGAGGUGGCCAUCGUCAUCUCCUCCAUCGCCCUGGCCUGCAAGCAGAUCGCGUCCCUGGUCAACCGGGCGGGGAUCAGCAACCUGACGGGGCUGGCUGGCGCUGCCAAUCAGUCUGGGGAGGAUCAGAAGAAGCUGGAUGUCGUGGCCAACGAUGUUUUUGCAAACUGCCUGAGAUCCACGGGCCGCAUCGGAACGCUGGCAUCUGAGGAGGAGGAUGUGCCGGUGUCAGUGGAGGGCUCCUACUCCGGGGACUACAUCGUGGUGUUUGAUCCUCUGGACGGCUCAUCCAACAUCGACGCCGGUGGGUCGAGGGUGCUGGUGCAGGACCUGCACUUCGAGCCCACCUCCCUGGCGGUGCGCGGCGAGAUUGCGUACAAGGGCGACUGCGGCGGCUCGGUGAACAACGCGCUGCACUUUGCGCGGGACGCCAGCGGCCAGGUGCGGCUGUUCGUGGCCAACAACGACGAGAGCAUCAAGAUCUUCGGCCUGCCCCACGGCCGCCUGCUGGCCUCCGUGGAUUGCCCCACCUCGAUCAACUACUGCGCGCUCAGCCCCUGCGCGCGGCACCUGCUGGCGGUGGGCGACAACCGCGGGACCUACCUCUACGCCGCCCGCCCCUCGGGCUACUGGCAGGCCAAGAGCUGGGUGGAGGCCGGGGACGCGGGCAUGGGCUGUGCCUGGUCGCCCUCGGGGUCCCUGUUUGCCGCUGUCAGCCAGGACGGACUGUGCUGCGUAUGGGACCACAGGUCGCAGGGCGUCGUCGUUCGCUACAUGACGCCCCUGGCAUGUCGCAACGUCAAGUUUGCGCCGGCGCCCCUGGACCUCAUGGCCUUCACCGAGCACCGGGGCCGAACCCACCUGGUGGACAUGCGCAUGUGGGGCCGGCACCAGGUGCUGCACCUGGGGUCCGGCCCCGGCCACGACCCGGAGAUCUCGGGCCUGGCCUUCUCGCCCUCAGGCCAGAGCCUGUACGUGGGCCUGCCGGAGGGCAUCGCCCGCUUCGCCAUCGACGCCCAGUCCCGCUUCUCCUUCCCCGCCGCGGAGGUGUGCUGA